UCCCCCGCAGGAAACUACAGACAUUUAAUAAAUGAGUCAGUGUGAGCUGACAGAAACAGAAAGUACAAUGCCGAAGAUACAAGACAAAAUGAUUAAAACAAACAAAAAACCAAAUUAAUUAAACAAACAAAAAAACCAAACAAACAAAAAAACAUUUCAAAGGUGAUGUACUUUCAAAGCGAGAGGCUGGAGUGAAGUGGAUGCGAGAAGCAGGAGUUUAUCUGAGUUGGGUUAAGAGCACAUGUUGAUGUGUGCUGCUCUCAGAGAGACCUUCAUUUACCAGUGUCCAACUAGAACAUCUCUGCUGUUUUCUGAACCGGAAACACUGAACUACUCUCGAGUGCGUCGCGUGUGGAAGUAACAAUGUCAGGAGCCUAUUUCUGGGAUUUUCUCAAGAAUCUUUCAGGUAACCCCAAUUUGAGAAGCUAUUUUAAUGUUUCCUGAACACUUUGCCAUCUCAAAACUCCAGUGCUAUGCCAAGCUGAACCUUUGUGGACUCGAGUUACACGGGAGGAAGAUGAAUGCUUGCAUUAACACUAAUGAGCACCAAGACAACUCAAUUAAAGAAUAUCAGCAUCACAUCUACGCCAUCUUCUACAUGGUGAUCCUCAUUCCCGGGCUGAUCGGCAACGUUCUCGCACUCUGGGUUUUUUACGCCUACGUGAAGGAGACAAAGAAGGCUGUGAUAUUCAUGAUCAACCUGGCCAUCGCUGAUCUGCUGCAGGUGCUAUCGCUACCUCUGCGCAUUUACUACUAUUUAAACAACUCCUGGCCUUUCGGCGAUGCUGCCUGCCUGCUCUGUUUCUACCUGAAAUACGUCAAUAUGUACGCCAGCAUUUACUUCCUGGCUUGCAUCAGUGUGAGACGCUGCCGGCUCAUCAUCCAGCCGCUGCGCUGCGGGACCACCAAGAGACGGCGGGAGCGUGGCCUGUGUUUGAUCGGGUGGUUCGUCGUGUGUCUGGGAUGCCUUCCCUUCCCUCUUCUGAGACAACCAUCUCAAGCCAACGUCAACUCGACCUCGCUGUGCUUCGCCGAGCUGCCCAUGACGCCGCUCAGUAAGCUGCUGGGAGUGUCUCUGGUGACGUUCGCCGAGACGACGGGCUUCCUCCUGCCGCUGGUCAUCGUGGUCACCUGCUCGUGGCUGACGGCGGCCAGUCUGCGGCAGAAGACCUGUGUUCUGCAGGACACCGGAGAGAAGCACAAGGCGCUCAAGAUGGUGCUGAGCUGCGCCACUGUGUUCCUGGUGUGUUUCGUGCCCUAUCACAUCACUUUCCCUUUAGACGUCUUGGCCAAAUCCAACUGCGCUGUUAGCUCUGCUUUUAAGAAUGCCGUGCUCCACGUUCAUCCGGUCACUUUGUGUCUAGCCAGUCUGAACUGCUGUCUGGACCCGGUCAUGUACUACUUCACUACCGAUGAGUUCAAGCGGCGUCUGUCUAGGCCAGAUUUUCAAGAAAGCUUGCCGUUACAGCACAGAACUGCUUUCUUCACAAAUGCUACAGUCUAAACCAGACAGAGGAAGCGCAGGGGCGUUGUUCUAAGCCUUUCAUACGGAUAUACUCCCAACAUUUGUCAUGUGAAAUUCAGGAGAGAUCUUCAUUCUGCUCUUGAAGAUCCGGGAAUGGGUGAAAGGACUUGCA